UUCCCAUCAGCACGGGAACGCAGCACUAGAUGCGGCUUUAAAGACUAGUCAGCAGAAAAAUGUAACUGAUUCUGGAUCUGAUAGUUGCCAGUCCAUGUCUAUUAAUAUCAGACAGAGCCCUUUUUAACUGUAAGAACAAAGGAUAGACUGUAGCAAGACUUUACCGAGGGAAGGAAAGUAACGCCGUCAUGGAAACUUGUUGCACACUCAGCCCAGUGGGUGGCAGACAUCUCUUUUCAUUCCUACUAGCCUACUAAGUUUUUCCACAUCCUGUGCAGCCUCCCUUCGCUGCUUACCUGUAGAUGCAACUUUUUACUUAUAGGUUGUCAUUAAGACCCACUUUCAAUAUGUUUUCUUAUUCAAACCCAAGAGCUUUUAGCAGGCUGUGUGUGCUUAGCGUCUUGUUGCUGUUUGUUUCGGGAGAAAAAGUGUUCGACAGUCGGUCCGGGAUGAUCCAGGAGCUCCGGACAGCCCUGGCUGACCUGGCCGGGGAGGGAAGGACCUACCUGGGCAGGCUGGCUGGGGAGCAGACGGUGCUGUCGGUACAGAAGGCUUUCUCUCAGGUUCUGGGUGUUGUGGCAGUAAGUUUGGCCGGAGGUCUGAACGUGCUCCUACAGUAUGUCUCACACUUCCUGCAGGCCGCUGGAAUCCAAGUUGGCUCUCCCAUCAACAAAGUGACCCCAGAGGGGCUGAUCUUUGUUGCCCAAUGGGUUCUCGUGGCUCUCAUUGGCUACUGGCUGCUCUCCCUCACCUUCCGAUUGGUUGCCUCCACUCUGAGGCGGACUCUGUGGCUGCUGAAAGUGGGCGUGGCUUUGGCCUGUUUUGGACUAAUCCUGAGCGACCACAGCGUUGGCACAGAAACCAUGGCCGUCCGAUUGGCUGUCCUGGUGUGCAUCUGCGUCCUAUUGGGCGUCGGGACUUGGAGGGGCUCUAAUGCAGCUGAUAAAACCACUCACCUGGAGGAGCAGGUGAAGAUCCUGGAGAGACGGCUGAGAGAGAUGGAGAGAUGGAGGAGGACGGAGGAGUGAAGGGAUUGAAGGGAUUGAGAGAAGUCAAAUGUUUGUCUGUUGUCUUUUCUGUCUUUCCUACCUGAUGCCACAUGUACAGAUGAUGGAGCACUGCUGUCCUUUUAGGGCUUCUGGAACUUCAAAGGAGAAACAUUUUUACAGUUUUGAUUUUGAUGUGUUCAAAAAGUAAUUCAUUACUCAUGAUUUGUCCUGACGCAAUAUAAUUACUUAGUUAUUCCUGGAAGCAGUACUUUGUUAGUCUACAUGUUCUGUUUUUUUACUGUUAGUCCCUUUUUAAAAUGGCAAUUUGAUCCUAAGAAUGUGCUACAGUGUGAAGGAGCAGGGGGUAAAAAGCUUUUACAUCCAGUGCGCUAACCGUCCUUUUACUACAUUACUAUACAUCUACAGCUAUAGCGUGGGCAGUCAGAGCUGGUUAAUGAGCACAGGUAUUAGUAUAAGUAUACAACUCCCCCUAAAACCACAAAUUACUGUUUUCACAUUUCUGUUUCAGUGUGAAUUAAACUAACAAUAUACAAAGUGUUUAUUAGUGAGCUUUAAAGGUGCUGGUUGGUGUAUUUUUCACCGACAGAGCCAGGCUAGCUGUUAGCCCCUGUUUCCAGUGUUUAUGCCAAAGCUAGGCUAACCUAGCCUGACUCCAGCACUGUACUUAGCGUGGACAUGAUAUCAAUCUUCUCAUCUCACCCUCGUAAAGAAAGCAAAGUAGCAUCAUUUUUUUAAUUAUUUUUAAAUUUCAAAACAAUUCCUUAAAUUUAUAAUAACAGUAAUAAUACUUCCAGUCAGAUGAAUUCCACUUUUCUGGCAUUUCUCACAAAUAGUCUCAACCUGAUAUACAGAGUUUAGAUCUGUGCUCUUAAUGGAUGUGGUACAUGCUUUUGUAGUACAAGUGGUACAAGUCAUGAAGGUUUUGAUUCCAUAAUGCUUUGGAUCGAUUCUGAGAGAACGCUAGAACACUCCUGGACGAAUGAGGGACUACACCGUCUGACUGGUACUUUUACUUUUUGAAUUUUUUUAGAUGAAUGUGUACUGCUAUAAAUGCUGUUUGAUAUAAUAAAUAACACAAUAUAACAUUU